CUAACAAAACAAUAACACACCGAACAUAUGUCAAUAUAUUCGUCCAAAAGCAUGUAAACAAACCCAUUGUACAGCGGUACGCCAUAACAGCUGACUGUCAAAACUUGGCUUAGCAGAAAAAAAACACAUCUAGUUAUGCAAACUAUUCCGCGGUAGUGUAGUACAUCGAGGUUUUUCGUGUGCUGUGGCCAUGCAAUCAAGAAUGCUUCGGAAAACGGUUCACAAACUGUUCGUUCCGGGUGGUAUAGUGUCGGCCGGACUGCUCCCAUUCACCGUAAACGAUCAUGAUCAGAUUAAAAUCGACACCAAAACCGUACAGAGCAUGUACGAGGAGGCGCCCGGUGACAAACAAACCGGUAUGGAACGAUUGCAUAUGAUGUUUACAAUUGACGAAUUUGGACGAGUAUCGAGCGAACUGAACUCCAUCUAUCAGGCCGGAUUUUUGGGGUUUCUGUUCGGUGCCUGCUAUGGUGGGUUUGUUAAUUCGCGUGUCGCCUACAUGAACUUUCUCGAGCGUAACCAGGCAACUGCGUUCCAGUCAAGCUUUGAGGCGAAAAAGAAGCUACAGGACCAGGUGACGCUUAACUUCGCUAAGGGUGCGUUCCGAUGGGGUUGGCGUUUGGCGCUCUUUACCACCAGCUACGUCGGCAUACAAACGAUGGUGUCGGUGUAUCGAGGAAAGUCUUCGUUGUACGAAUACAUGGCUGCAGGUACCGUUACGGGUGCCAUGUAUAAAUUCAGCAUGGGUCUCCGUGGGAUGGCUUCCGGUGGGCUAGUGGGACUAGCGCUCGGCGGACUGGCCGGUGGUCUCUCGCUCGGCAUAAUGCGUGCUACCGGUACCACGAUGGAGGAGGUACGAUUCUGGCAAUACAAAUGGCACACGAACCGCGAACAGGUCAUACGGGAUUCGUUAAAAAAGCAAUCGAGCACGGAAGAGGAACCACUGCUCGCACAUCACCACAAUAAGUUCGGCACCGCCAACAUCGAUCUUGAGGCAAUCGAAGCAGAAAAGCGAAAAAUUCAACUAGCAGUUGAACGGGAAUCGCUUUUGAAGAAGAUGGAGCAGGAAGAACAAACGGAAGUAAAGGCUAAAUAAAGCAAAACAAACAUACCGAUCCACCCGUAAA